AUGGACACUUCAAGAUUUUUAAGAAAAGAGGAAGAAAUAAUUCGAGAUUUAAAAUCAGAACUGUAUAAACGUGAAUUAGAAUUGGAAGGGGUUAAAACUUUGAAUGAAUCAUUGAAAAAUAAAAUUACACUUAUGACCAACAAUGAAAUAGAAUUGGAACACUUAAAACGAGAAAGUAACCGAUUAAGAAAUGAAACUGUUAACUGCCAUCAAGAGAAAGAUGAUGUAAUGAGUUUAAAUUAUACUCUUAGUGAGCAAAUUAAAGAUUUACAGGAAGAAGUAAAUUAUUUGAAACUUGGAAGAGUUGUAAAUACUGAAGAAUCAAUGAAUCAAUUUGGUUUACAAUGCUCUGCAAUUUUUGUAGAAUUAGUUCAUCAUAAUGUUAGGUGUAAUUCAUGCAAUGAAAUUAUAAGAGGGUUUCGUUAUAAAUGUGGACAUUGCGCGGAUUUCGAUCUCUGUGCUUAUUGUAUAGGAUCAGAACAUAAUAACAAUCACGUAUUUUUAAAAAUUCGAAAUCCUAUACAUAUUGAUUCAAGAAUAACUUUAUUAUCACCUUUUAGAUAUCGUAACCAAGGGUUUGUUCAUGAGGAAGUUGGUUGUGAUGUUUGUGGACAAGUUCCAAUUCAUGGGAUCAGAUAUAAAUGCGGAAAAUGUUCAAAUUUUGAUAUUUGUAGUAAAUGUGAAGAAAAUAUAAGUGAAUCACAUGAUCAAUCUCACGUAUUUAUAAGAUUUAAUAGACCAAUUCGUACAGAAGUUAGAUUGGUUACUAUACCACUUUUACCAGAUUUUCUUCCUGAUGUAUU